AUGGGAUUUAGUAUUACUUAUUUUAUUAAAUGUUUUCAUUGCAAAACAUCAACACAAUAUUCAAAUGAAGAUUUGAAAGUAAACUUUUCAUAUUUAGUUUCAGGAGCUGCACUUGCUGGAGGUAUAAAUAGAAAUUCAUUUCAAACUGCAUUAACUACAAUAGAUAUUACAAAUCAAUGUAGCAAACCAUCUUAUUACAAUUAUCAAACUCGCUUAUAUAAAUCUAUAAUAGAUGAUGCAAAACUUAGUUGUGAAAUAAUUUUAUUAGAAAUUCUUGAUCAAUUAAAAAUAAUUAAUUUACCGGAUAAAGAAAAAAUAUUACUUAUAAACUUUGACUGUUCAUGGUCUCAUUCACGUAAUGCUCAUCAAGCUAAAUAUAAUUAUCAACCUGUAAUUGGAUUUCAUAUAGUGGAGCAUUCUCGUUCAUCAAAACUUAUAAAUAGUGAUUCUUCAAUAAUAUUACAUAAUGAAAAUUUUAGUGGAACCUCAAAACAAAUGGAACAUGCAAUUUUAUUUGAAUUAUUAAAUAAUAUAAUGCCUAUAUUAGAGGAAACUGAUUUUACCUUACAUAUUUGUAUUGAUGGUGACCUUGAAACCAAUAGAACCUUGACAUAUAUUUCUGUAGUAAGUCUUAUAUUUGUGGAUCUAAAACAUGUUAGGCUUGUGACAACAUUUCGUACAUCCUAUAAUGAGGUGUUCAAUAGAAAAAUUCUAAAAUAUUUAGAUAAAAGAAUUGAUUAUUGGGCUUCAUAUUGUGUACGACAUGCAUUAAUAAUAAUUGAUCAAAAUAAUGGAUUAGAUACAAUGAUAUCUAAAGUUUAUAUGGUAGCAUCCUCUCAAAGUACUCAUAGAAAAUCAAAAACACAAGGUACCAGCGCGCAAGAAAAAAUUUUCGAAGAAAUAGCAUGUGAAUUGAUAAAAGUAUUAUUUGUAACACCUGAAAAACUUGUAUCAAAUGAAGAAUUUUGUAGAUUUAUUACAAAAGCUUGGGGACAACUUAGAAUAUUAAAACAACAUUGGGAAUCAGCACUGAUUAUGUUACUUACAGUAACAUGCACAUGA